GGACCUAGAGUGCGUCCACCUAAGGGCAGAGCCCUUUCAUCUGUCCUACCUGGCUCUCCCCCUUUUGUGUCUUGAGAGAUGUGAUUGAAGGAGCAGUAGAGACAGCAGCUGUAUUCACAAGGGGGUGGAAAACUGAGGCAUGCUCCCACAGUCUGAAGGUGAAGGUCCUGAAGGCAGGACCUAGAAGCCCAGCAUGAGGCCACUGGCCCCAUAUCCUUCUCUGGGUUGAGGUUCACAGGGUGGCUAGGGCCAUAUGCUUUCAUUUCUGAUGCUUUUCCUCUCUCUGCAGCUGGAACAGGCGGCGCCAUUCACGCAAACACCUAGGCCUGAGGGAGGAGGCUGGAUCUCCACUGCUUCCCUUUCCCCCACUACAGUGCAAGAGCAUCAUGGUCUUCAGACUCCUCCAAAGAAAGCAGACUUAAUUCCACAUCCCCAGACUCCAGCGACACUCUCCUUAGAGCACACGGAAGCUUCCCAGGCUGCCCCCAGACCCUCACAAUGGGUCUUCCUGUCUCGCACUUCCAUGACCACACAUUCGCCUUCAGAAGUCCCCUCUCCUCUGUGGCCUUCUUGGCGAUCUGAUGGGCCCCAAAUGCUCCUGGGUUCUGAACCAUCUGUUCCCCUAACUGAAGUUCCAAGAGCUAUGAUGGCUGAGCAGGACCCUGCCCAGCCAUCAGGAAGUCCCUUCCCACUGGGCAAACUGUCAAGAGAGACUGUGAAAUCAACAGAGUCCGUGGAUCCCACCUGGAGGGAGCCUGCCCACAUCAGUGAGGAGUUCCCACCGUUGACAAGGCCUUUCAUGAGCAGCCUGGCUGAAGAGGGUUUGAUUUUCCACCAUGCUUCCAGAAGGCCUCAGGAGAUACUACCGAUAAUCAAGGCUGAGGGGCCACUGCAGAAUGACCGUGAUCCCUCUGGAGAGGGGGCCAGAGGGUACCUGGACCUGUCAACCUCAGAACCAAGUCAGGGCAUGGAAGGGCUGGGACUCAUCAUCUUGCCGGGGACUGAUGUCACAUUUACCAGCCCAAGAGGGAGGCAGCCAGAUGCCAGUGCCUAUCUGGUGACCCCAAGUCCAGAGCUCUCUGGGAGGCACAGGGUGGACCCAGCAGUUCCCCAGACAACACUUGCCAGGGACCUUCUGGCUUCCGCCUCUGAGAAGCCUGCAACCCCUUCUGAAGGAGGUACAGACAGGAUCCUUCAGCUUGAGGCAGCCCCCAUAUGGCCUGAGGGCUGGCAUGAGCCGUGGGCUGGACACACAACCAGCCCCCUGCCUCAACACACCCAAAGCCUUCUGGCUCCUACAGAAAUCAUAUUGCCCCACUCUGGUGAGCCUGGGACCCCCCUCUCCAAUGGUCAAGAGUCGAUGGAGGCCAGGCUAGCCCCCACCCCUGAGAGUCAUCAGCUUCCUGAGCUUUAGCACAUGUGGAGGGGUGCUUCGAGAGGUCCUGUUCUUAGAAGCUUCAGGGGUGAGUCAUAGGAGUGUCCAGGGAGGGGAGGAGCAAAGGAAAUGGAGGACAUGGUUUGGUAUGCUCACACUUCCCUUCAGGAAGAGCUCUGUGACAGGACAAGGGCCCUUGGCCUCCCUGAGCUGGCCCAGCUGUGUUUUACAUCUCACUAUUAAAUCCGGGCAAUGUGCAGGCCUUGUAGCCAGGCCCACCCAUGCCUAGAACUCUGGUCCCAGGGUCUCCACUCUAGCUCUGUGACCUUAGCAGGGCACUAGCCUUUCUGAGCCUCAGUUUCCCCAUCAACUGAGUGGAAAUGAUACUAGGUCCUCCCCAGUGGGGUCAUUGAAGGGGGUGAACAAGGAUCAUGUAAAGCCUUGAGCACCGAGCCCCGUGCAAGCAUGCUGGGAUCCCCAGGGAGGGAGGAUGGAGUGUCGCUGCCUUGCUUUCUGUGAUCACAUCCUGUGGUUUCUAUGGCAGCAGCUGGUACCCUUCUGGCUUGGACAGACCCAUUGACCUGCAGUGACCCGGAGCUCCCAAACUCAGUGGCCCAGAAGCCCAGCUGUGGCCUGGGCCGGAACCCCAUUCGGUGCUUCCCUGAGAGGGCAGUGCCUCACCCCCUCCAGGCCGACCUGUGGCUGGAAGUGGGAUUUGAAAUGCAGCCAAGAAGAGGAGGCCGGCGGCAGUGCCCGCCCAGAACGCGAACUAAA